AGUAUUGGUUCCAGAUAUUUGAAAUAUAGGAGUACUCAAUAGCGACAUUCAAUAACUGAAUUAUAACCACAAGUUCACAAAUCAAACUCCUUUCUUCUUCUCUCUUCCUCAGAAACUGUCAUGGCGACGAAAUUGUUAUUCCCUCCCACCCUGUAUACUGCAUUGAAAGAUCAAAAAAACCCAGAAAGCUUCCAAUCAAUUAGACCUUUUUCUUUCUUACCCACAAAUUACUGGUCAUGUUCGAAUCCAAAUUUCAGAAGUAUUUGCUCGGUAAAUUCAGCAUCAAUUCGUGGGGUGAAACAAGAUGUUAUUCAAUCAUCUGAUUCAGAAACAGAAACAAUUAUUGGGUCUAAUUCGUCUUCAACUGCUUCUUCUAAGUUGGUUCUUGUUGUUGGUGGCUCCGGUGGUGUUGGGCAGAUUGUCGUAGCAUCGUUAUUAAGUCGUGAUAUCAAAGUACGUCUUUUAUUGCGAGAUCCUGAGAAAGCAACCAAAUUGUUUGGUAAACAAGAUGAAGAGAAACUACAGGUGUUUAAGGGGGACACAAGGAACCAGGAGGAUCUUGAUCCGUCCAUUCUUGAGGGUGUCACACAUGUUAUCUGCUGCACAGGGACGACUGCUUUUCCUUCACGAAGAUGGGAUGGAGAUAACACGCCCGAAAGAGUAGAUUGGGAUGGAUUGAGAAACCUGAUAUCAAUAUUACCAUCGACUCUGAAAAGAUUUGUUCUUGUUUCAUCAAUCGGAGUGACCAAGUUUGAUGAACUACCAUGGAAUAUUAUGAAUCUUUUUGGUGUUCUGAAGUAUAAAAAGAAAGGAGAGGAUUUUCUUCGUGAUUCUGGAAUCCCUUAUACAAUAAUCAGAGCUGGGAGGUUGACUGAUGGCCCAUAUACCUCUUAUGAUCUCAAUACCUUGCUUAGAGCAACGGCUGGGGAGCGUCGUGCUGUCCUCUUAGGUCAAGGAGAUAAACUCGUGGGAGAGGUAAGCAGACUCGUUGUUGCUGAGGCUUGUAUACAGUCGCUAGAUAUCGAAUCCACAAAAGGGGAGAUUUUUGAAAUAAACUCGGUUAAGGGAGAUGGACCAAGCAGUGAUCCACAGAAGUGGAAAGAACUGUUCGAUGCUGCUCGGACAAAGUAACGAGUAACGAGUAACGAGUAACGACUAGCGGAUACUGCAGCCUGGUGUCAAAAAGAAGUGUUGCAGCUUGCUUGAUACUCCCCCCUAUGCAGCAGAAGAAGGCUGAUGUUCUUAUUGAGUUUCUGUGUUGAAUCAUUUCUGUUUGUCUUUUGAUGUUGUUUGUAUAGCUUCUUAUAGUCAAUGUAUAUGCAUAUAUGUAUGUACUAUAGUCAUCAAAAGCAUUUCUAGCAUUUAGGAAAGUCUACUUUUGUGAAAUUUCCAGAAUAAAGUGGUCUAUUUUCUAUAGAAGCAUGAAAAAAAAUCUAAAGUUA